AGAGCUGCCCUUUAAGAAAGGAGACACUAUCUAUAUCCUCAGGAAAGUGGAUCAAAACUGGUAUGAGGGCGAACAUUACGGAAGAGUUGGGAUUUUUCCUAUUUCUUACGUUGAGAAAUUUAUUCCCCCAGAAAAAGCACAGCCAGCAAGACCACCACCCCCAGCACAUGUGGCCGAGAUUGGAGAAGCUAUUGCAAAAUAUAAUUUCAAUGCAGAUACAAAUGUGGAACUUUCAUUGAGAAAG